AUGAAGACGGUUAAGAAGGAGAGGGAGUUGACUGAGGUGAUGGCUGCGGUGCAAGAGACGGUGGCCGACACGUCGAUGGUUCGGCUUUCGGGUGUGGUAGGGUCGAGUGAGUCAGACGAUGAGUGUAUUGAGUCGACACUAGUGACGAAAGAGGAUAAGUUGAAGGAGAUAUUUGAGAAGGCGGAUGAUCUACGGAUGAAAACGAUUAGUAAUGUGGUGGGGAUUUUAAACCCAAUCCAAGCCGUUCAUUUCUUGAUUGCUGCUGCUGGACUUCAACUUAGGCUUCAUGAAUGGGGUAAUAAGAAGGAUAAAACUGGUGCAAUGGUCAUUUCAAUGAAAAAUUAG